AUGUUCAACUCCAUCUUCGAUGGCAGGGUCGUGGCGAAGCUGCCCUUCGUGCCGCUGUCUUACAUCCAGGGGCUGUCGCACCGUAACCUGCUUGGCGAGGAUUACACCGACUGCUCCUUCAUCUUCCUCUACAUCCUCUGCACCAUGUCCAUCAGACAGAACAUUCAGAAAAUGCUCGGCCUCGCUCCGUCCAGAGCUGCUACCAAACAGGCCGGGGGCUUCCUGGGACCGCCUCCCCAGGCAGCAAAGUUCUCAUAACCAGCGUGUGAGCGUGGCACAUCCGUCAGGGCAAAGGUGAAGUGUACGGCUUCCUUUAAGGAACAUGUGGAUUUAACUUAUGAACUGCUUUCUUUACUCAUUAGAAUUUUUCUCCCUCAAAAGUUUUGUAAACUGCUCUUCAGUGUUGCUAGUGACUGCUGUGUCUCUGAUUGCACUGUCAAUAAAGUCUUUUGAUCUAAA